UAUACUCGUCUCGGGGAGAGUAGAGGUGGACAAGGAGAGACACGGGAGCAGGCAUGGCUGCCACACCCGUGUACAAGGUCUGUGUCCUCGGCUCAGCAGGCUCAGGGAAGACCACCUGGCUGAGGCGACACGCCACGGGCGAGUUUGUGGCCGAGCACACCCCUACGGUCGGCGUUGAGGUUCUCUCGUUGACCUUUAACACCACCCGUGGACCAAUCACCUUUCAGAUGUGGGACAUGGCCGGAACGGACAAGUUUGCCGGGCUCGGCGAAGACUAUCUGCUCAACGCCGACGCCGCAGUGGUGUUCUUUGAUGUCACAGACAAGUCGUCGUACAAGGCUGUCAAGACCUGGUUCGACAUGGUUGAGAGCAAGGAUGUCAGCCUGGCUGUCCUCGUCGGGAGCAAGGUCGACAGCUCGGCCCGCGAGGUCUCCAGCUCCUCGGUCACCUUUCACCGCAAGCGCAACGUCCAGUACUACGAGAUCUCGUCCAAGUCCAACUACAACUUUGAAAAGCCAUUCCUCUACCUCGCUCGCCGUCUUACUAACGACCGCGAUCUCCAGUUUGUUGAGACCGUCGAGACCGAUGAGCUCGCUGCUGACGCUCCUGCUCCUGCUCCUGCUCUUGCUGCUGUUUCUGUGGCUCCAUCUUGCGACGAUCCCUCACCCAUCCUCACCGCCGCAUCCGAGUAAACAAGCCCGCCAAUCCC